AUGGACCACAAGAAGCCGGAGGUGGACCCCAACGCAGUGGAGAAGGACAUCGCACUAGAGAAUGUUCGCGAUAUUGGCGCUAAUCUAUAUGCGGAGGCUGAGCAGCUCUCUGCCGAUGAAGUGGAGCAAGAGGGCGCAAGAGUUCUUCGGAUUCUGGACUGGAGACUCAUGCCAAUGCUCUAUGUCACCUAUGUGAUCCAGUUUCUCGACAAAUUAUCCUUAAACUAUGCCUCGGCAUACACCUUGAUCCCGGAUCUCGGGCUGGAGGGCCAACGAUACUCCUGGGUAGCCGCCAUUUUCAACUUUGGGUAUCUAUUCUGGGCCAUUCCAGCAAAUCUUCUGAUUCAAAAACUCCCGAUUGCCAAGUACAUGGGAGGGAUGCUUCUCAUCUGGAGCGUCAUCGUCAUUGCCCAUAUUGGAGCCCGUAACUAUGCCGGCAUUCUGGUUCUGAGAUUCCUUCUGGGGAUGGCAGAAGCAGGUGUUAGCCCAUGCAUGAUGGUUCUGACCUCCAUGUUCUACAAACGCUCCGAGCAGCCCCUGCGCAUGGCCAUUUGGCUGAGCGCGAAUGGGAUGGCAACUAUGGUGGGAGCUCUUCUUGGUUUCGGCCUUGGCCAUGCGCAGACCACGACGCUACACAGUUGGAAGCUUAUCUUCCUGACGAUCGGACUCCUCAACUUUGUCUGCGGCUGUAUAUUCCUCCUCGUGGUGCCCGACUCGCCCGGCGCCGCGACAUUCCUCACUCAUCGCCAGCGCGUCAUUGCGGUCCGUCGGGUGGCAGAGAACAUGAUCGGCGUGAAAACCAAACAGAUCAAGAUGGGCCAAGCACUAGAGAGCUUCUACGACAUCAAAGUUCUGUGCUGCGCAGGGAUUGGCAUUGCCUGUGGCGUUAUCAACGGCGGCGUCUCCAACUUUGCAUCCGCACUGAUCAAAGGCUUUGGAUUCAGCGGGAUAUACGCCACCCUCUUACAAUUACCCACGGGAGCCUUUGAGGCCGUGAUUGUUCCCAUCUGCGGUCUUGUGGCGACUUAUGUUCCCAACUCUCGGUGUAUCGUUCUCGCCGUUGUCAGCCUCAUACCCUUUGCGGGACUUCUCGGUAUUCGGUUCACCAGCCUUGAUCACCGUUGGACGCUGGUUGGGUGUACCUGGCUGCAGUACAUUAUCGGAGCGCCGGUCAUUGUCUCUUGGAACCUACUGUCUACCAACGUUGCCGGGCAUACCAAGCGAGCGUUCGCCAAUGGGCUUUGGUUUACUCUGUAUGCCGCUGGCAAUGUCGCUGGCGCGAACAUCUUUUUCUCCCGGGAAGCCCCCAGAUACUCCUCUGCUAUUUUGGGGCUCUUGGUGUGCUAUGCUGGGAUCAUAUUUCUGUCGAUCAUAGCCUACAUUGCCAUGAGAUGGGAGAACGCUCGAAGGGAUGCGGCGACUGGGCCUAUCGAGCAUUUCGAAGGAGAUGCUUCCGCUCAAGCCGUACUCGAUGGAUUCAAGGAUAUGACAGACAUGGAGUCUAAGCAUUUUCGCUAUGCACUGUAG